ACAAUAAUAUCAAUCUGCGUAGUGACAGUUCAGCUCUAUGGUAAACAUCAUAACCCCACAAAUCUUGCAUUAUUUUUGUUCACUCCUGCAACAAAGAAAGAAAAAGACUUCAUUCAAAACGAGUGGUGUGCAUUCCUUUUAUUGUUGCCAAUUAAUCAUCUAGUGAUUAUCUGGAAAUUGUAGGAUUUUUUAGUGAAAAAAAGGUAGAAAUUUUUUGACAUUUAUUUAUCGAAACAAAGCACUGAAUCCCCCUCCAAAUGUGAUUAGAAUAGUAAAUGUUGUACACUCGUCGAGUGUGUUGUUGUUGGUACAGAUUUUUUUUGAGACAAAAUUUUCGUCUGUAUUUUUUUGUAAUCAAAAAUUACGAAUUUUUCUUGAUUUUUUGUUUGUUUGUUUUACAGUGCGAAAUAUAAUGAACAAUUUAUCAACAACAAAUUUUGAUGUGACGAUGAGCAUAUUUAUACAACUAUUAUCGUCGUGAGGAGAUGGUAUAGAAAAUACACACAGUCGAACCGAGGAUUAUCGUUUAAAACAAAGCUCUUGACUCUUGAAAUACGUUCAAACGAUUGUUUCGAAAGAAAAAUUUUGUUUUCGAUUUUCGUUAAUUUUUUUUAUGAAUCCACACACCUCCCACAAUUUGAGCGUAUACAACAUUGAAGAGCGUUGAAAUAUAGGAAGAAAAAUAUAAAUUUGUUCGAGUAGACGAUAUUGCAUAUCAUCAUACACACAUUGUGUCAGUGAAACAACCUCUCUGGAUUAUCGAAUGGUGUUGUUCAGUGACUAGUGUGCGCUUAUGUGAUUGUUGAGUAAAUAUAAAUUCAUCGAAACGAUUCGAUUUGUAGUACAGCCAGCGAGAGACAUCAACACAAUACACCAUUCAACUCGGGCAGUGGCAAGAAACCAGAGACGAGUGCGCGGUUUUGUGAUUGGAUUUUUUUUUCGUUUGAAAUUUUCGUGUUGAACUAACAAAGAAGCAAAGAUGUCAUCGCCCAGCGCUGGUAAAAGACGUAUGGAUACGGAUGUUAUGAAAUUGAUUGAAAGCAAACAUGAGGUGACGAUAUUGGGCGGGCUGAACGAGUUUUGCGUGAAGUUUUUUGGCCCGACUGGAACCCCGUAUGAAGGUGGAGUUUGGAAAGUUCGUGUACAUCUUCCGGAGCAUUAUCCAUUCAAAUCGCCAAGCAUAGGCUUCAUGAACAAAGUCUACCAUCCAAAUAUUGACGAAGUGUCCGGAACAGUAUGCCUGGAUGUCAUCAAUCAAGCUUGGACGGCAUUAUACGAUUUAUCAAACAUAUUCGAGUCGUUCCUGCCGCAAUUGUUAACCUAUCCAAAUCCUGUGGAUCCACUGAAUGGUGACGCAGCUGCAAUGUAUCUACACAAACCGGAGGAGUAUAAAAAGAAAGUCUCUGACUACGUAAAACGUUUCGCCACCGAAGAAGCGCUACGAGACCAAGAACAAAUUAGCUCCGAUACAGAGUCCAGCAUGUCUGACUUUAGUGAAAAUGAAGCCGAAGACAUGGAAUUAUAACAUCCAAAAAAUCUCUCUCUUAUCAUUGCUGUAAUGGUAAUCUAAAUUCUCUAAGCGAUAAAUUUUACGAUUCUUUUAUUUUUUGCGCCCCAUCAUCAUAUUACUUUUCGAUUUACGUUCGAGUUUCUUUUUUGUGUACUUUAAUUUAGGAAUCAUUUUCUUUUUCGUUGAAUUAUUUUGCUGAAAUUUUAAUUUUCAAUAAAAAGAAGAUGAAAUAGAAACAGAACAGCCACUCAGCGGUGCGGCGUAUGUGGAUUUAUAUCUAAUUUUCUCAAAAUAAAUUUGGUUCUCUUUUUUGUUAAUUUGUUUUAUUUUAUUUUUUUCAUUUUCUUCACACUUCUUGUUCCGGGAAAAUGUUAUCAAUUUUUUUUGUAUUUAAAUGAAUUUUUCGACUUUUUUUUUGUUUUUUCGUUAGGAAAUAAGCGAGUCACUCAAUAAAUUUAAAUGAAAAAUUAAUUAUGCGUGUAAUUAUUAUGGGGACUGUAUUUAUACAUUUAAUAAUAAUAAAAGUAAAAAAUAAAAAUGAAAAUUUAAAUUUAAGUAGAUGAUGAUUAAAUGUUGUUAAUUUAAAAAAAGAAAAUCAAUUUUUGGUACUGAUAUCGACAAUUUUUAAUUAUAAUUAAAGCAGACAGACAACAAAAGAAGUAAAUUUUAAAAUCAUUAAAACGUGUAGUCAAACGAGAUGCGUAUAAAAAUAGAGGUAAAAUAAUAACAAAGUAAAAAAUCAGAUAUUAGUUGCAAUAGCAUGCAGA